AUGGUAGACCUGUACAAGAAGCCAAAGAACAUGGCCAUAGGAAUGUACUAUGGCAAGGACUAUAUGGGCAGGCGGAGAAAUUACAACUACUAUGGCUAUGGCAAUAAGUACAGAGGGUACAACUAUUACGGGAUGCUGCAGAAUUAUAGGAAGGGGAAUCAGUACGAAGUGCAGCAAGGGGAGAAACAGCAGAAGGGAGGUAAAGAAGCGGAGGAGAAGCAACAGGAAGAGGAGACUCCCCCCCCUAGCGACCCUCCGAAGGAGCCCAGCGGUUCAGACAAAGCAGAAGGAAAAAAGCGAAAAGCAGACAAGGAAAUGCAAAAGGGCGAUACCGGAAGUGGAGACAAGAAAAAGGAAGCAAGUAGAAAAAAGUGCAUUAUAAAAAUUCUUAAAAGGCCAACGGAGGCAGUAAGCAAAGAAGAAGAAAAGGGGAAGAGCCCUAUGGGUGGGGAGAAGGCCUCAAUGGAGGAAGGAACUGAUUCAAAGGAGCAACAAAAAAAGAAAAAAAAGGAGAAGGUGAAAGAGAAUGAGCGGGAAGGAGCGAAAGAUUCCAUCGAACAGAAGAGCAAAAAGAAAAAGGAUGACGAAUGUGCCACCAGUAAGAGCAAGAAGGUAAAGGACGGAUUCAAAUUUACCUCCACCCAGGAAUUGUUCAAUUUGCUGCUGAAGGAUGUGAAGAAUAACUUCCUUGAUGAGGAGGUGGACGAUGAGAAGGAUGAAGAGGACGAGUCGGAGGAGAAGAAGAAGAAGUUGACGAUGGCGAAGUCGUCAGCAAUGACGAAGACGAAUGGGGAUUCCGCGAAAGGACCCUCUGAAGGCACAAAAAUGGAGAGUGAAAAUGAAAAUGCGAAGAAAAUUACGAAAAGAAGCAUACCCAAUUUGGACAAGCAAGGUGAAAGGAGCACAUCGGGCGUUAAGGGUACUCAAUCAGGGCGUAAUGAUGAAGAGGAAAGAAAUUCCUACGAAGGUGAACAAAGGAAAAGCAUUAAGAUUAAGGCAAAGGAAGGAAACAACACUGAUGUACCAAAGGGCGAUACAAUGAUGGAAGCAGAGGAAAAGUGCCCAAGCGGUACUAACAGAAGCAACGCUACACCAACGACGAAGGCCACAGGAGCCAGUGGAAAUGUUAAAGAGAGCGUUAUUACAUUAAAGGGAAAGAAGGGUGGUAUUAUAACGAGUGGAAGCAAUAAGUACAACAACCAAAUAAACAUUGGAAGCAACAUUAGCAGAGGAAGAAAGAUUAAAAAAAUAAUGAAGAAUGUAGAAAAUGGAAAAUAUUAUUACAAUGGGAGCAGGAAGGACCUAGGUGCAGGUGGCGAUGUCUUCGAAGGAGGCGCAGGUUAUUAUGUGAAAUACGCCACGUCAAAAUAUCCGAAUUUUACGACCAAUUGCAGUUUCCUAAAUCACGCUUCGAAGAUGGAACUGUGCAAGAACAACAGUUUGAAUAGCAGACUGAUGAACAGCUUAAACGGUGCCAUGGGUACCGGCCAAAGGAAUGAUGACAUUAGGAAGGCUGGGAAGAAGGAGGAAGAAGAGGGGUUCUUCGCCGUACCUAUAUAUAUGAGAUCCCCCAAGCCAGAGCAAAUCCCCAUACCGGUGUACCUGUCGGGUGGAGUUGAUCAGGUGGAAACGCAGGAGGCAGCGCAGGAAAGAGUGCCAGAUGUGCUAAGCGCGCCAGUGGACGUCAAAGAGAUUAUCGAAAUCCCACUCGAAGCACCGAACGAGCAGGGUAGAAAAUCCCAAAGCAGGGGCCAAUCCCAAAACGCAAAGGGAGUAGAAGUAACAGUAACCCCUAAUGGACACGCGCAUAAUAAGGACAACCAGAACGCACUAAACUUUACGAAGAAAAAUGUAGAAAAGAAAAAAAAAAACAAGACCUUCCUAAAUAAAAACUAUAUGCCUUUUAAUCAGGAACAGAACCACCUGAACAAUCAUGUCGGCAACCAUGCCAAUAAGUAUGCGUACGAUUUUGUGAGCACAGGAAAUUUGAAGAACAACAAAGUGUAUAGCAUGCACCCUUUCCAUCCGUCCUAUGUGAAGGCCACGAACUACAACGGCUGCAACCUGUACGGCAACGGGAAAAACUUGAAAAUGGAAAAAUAUUUUCACAACAAGAGGUACAAAGUUAAGGCAUACUUGAGCGACAACAACCAGAGGAGUAAAAAUUUGAACACCCUCAAGGAGGUAAAGAUUGCUGUGUAUUGA